GUUGCGUCUGGACAAGAGAUCUUGGCGGCUGCUGCAGGCUUUAAAUCUGGGCUGGCCUGCAAUGGAGCCCCCCACCGGGAGCGAGAAGGAGAGUGGAAGAGGCGCCGCGGCAGGGGAGUGCACGAAUAGGAUCUCGGUGCCAAGACCUCCCUCCAUUGAGGAAUUCACUAUAGUGAAGCCCAUUAGCCGUGGUGCCUUCGGGAAGGUGUAUCUGGGACAGAAAGGCGGCAGAUUGUAUGCGGUGAAGGUUGUCAAAAAAGCUGACAUGAUCAACAAAAAUAUGACUCAUCAGGUACAAGCUGAGAGGGAUGCACUGGCACUAAGCAAAAGUCCUUUCAUUGUCCAUUUGUACUAUUCACUACAGUCAGCAAAUAAUAUCUACUUGGUAAUGGAAUAUCUUAUUGGUGGAGAUGUCAAGUCUCUCCUACAUAUAUAUGGUUAUUUUGACGAAGAGAUGGCUGUGAAAUAUAUUUCUGAAGUAGCAUUGGCUCUAGACUACCUUCAUAGACAUGGAAUUAUCCACAGGGAUUUGAAACCUGACAAUAUGCUCAUUUCUAAUGAAGGUCAUAUUAAACUAACAGAUUUUGGCCUUUCCAAAGUUACUUUGAAUAGAGAUAUCAAUAUGAUGGAUAUCCUUACAACACCCUCGAUGGCUAAACCUAGACAAGAUUAUUCAAGAACCCCAGGACAAGUAUUAUCUCUCAUCAGUUCUUUGGGAUUUCACCCAGAAAAAAAUCAAGACUCUGCAAAUACUCUUUUAACCCAUGUAUCUGAAACAUCACAGCUUUCUCAAGGACUAGCUUCGCCUAUGUCUAUAGAUCAAAAAGAUGCUCCUUUUUCUAGCAAACUACUACAAUCAUGUUUUGAAACAGUUGCUUCCAACCCCAGAAUGCCUGUGAAGUGUCUAACUUCUAAUCUACUCCAGUCUAGGAAAAGGCUGGCUACAUCAAGUGCCAGUAGCCAGUCCCACACCUUCGUAUCCAGUGUGGAGUCUGAAUGCCACAGCAGUCCCAGAUGGGAAAACGAUUGCCAGAACAUGGUCAAUUCCUUUAUGGAUCAACAACAAACACCAGAAAAAUCACCUAUCCCAGUGAUAGCUAAAAACCUUAUGUGCGAAUUGGAUGAAGAUUGUGACAAGAAUAAUAAGGACAACUUAAGUUCUAGUUUUCUAUGUUCUGAUGAUGAAAAAGCUUGCAAAAGUAUUUAUAUGGACUCUGAUUCAUCUCUUCCUGGACUGUCUAUAAUGGAAAGUCUAUUAGAAAGGCAGUCAUUAGCUCCAGAUAAAAGCAUCAAAGAAUCUUCUUUUGAAGAAUCAAAUGUUGAAGACCUGCUUACUGUAUCAACCAGCUGCCAAGAAAAUACUUCGUCAAAAGGUGAUGAGAAUACUGCUGUCCAAGACAGUAACCAAAUGUUAGCUCCUUCUUUGGAGGUGUUGAAAACAUUAACCUUCUCUAAAAGAAAUGCUGUAGCUUUUCGAAGUUUUAAUAGUCAUAUUAAUGUAUCUACUAACUCAGAACCAUCCAAAAUGAGUAUUAGUUUAGAUGCAGUGGAUAUUUCGUGUGCUUAUAGUGGUUCAUAUCCCAUGGCCGUAACUCCUACUCAAAACGGAAGAUCCUAUAUACCAUGUCAGACCCCAAAUCAGGUCAAGUCAGGAACUCCAUAUCGAACUCCAAAGAGUGUGAGAAGAGGGGCAGCCCCAGUGGAUGGAGGGCGAAUUCUGGGAACGCCAGACUACCUUGCACCCGAGCUCUUAUUAGGCAGGGCCCAUGGUCCUGCAGUAGAUUGGUGGGCACUUGGAGUUUGCUUGUUUGAGUUUCUAACAGGAAUCCCCCCUUUCAAUGAUGAAACACCACCACAAGUAUUCCAGAAUAUUCUGAAAAGAGAUAUCCCUUGGCCUGUAGAUGAAGAAAAGUUAUCUGAUAAUGCUCAGAGUGCUGUAGAAAUACUUUUAACCAUUGAUGAUACAAAGAGAGCGGGAAUGAAAGAACCCGAUGGCGAAACAGAUACAUCCUAUUUUGAAGCCAGGAAUAAUGCUCAGCACCUGACCGUGUCUGGAUUUAGUCUAUAGCACAUAAAUUUUCCCUUUAACCUUGUCUUACAGACUAUGCUAGCAUAAUUAUAUACUCCAAGGGGAAAAAAGCAUUAUUUUAUCUGGAUCGGUGAGCUUUCAAUGUAUGUCCAGCUUCCACAGAGGUAAAAGGCUAACAAGAAUAUAAUCAGGAACUUCUCUUAAUCUCAGAGCUGUUAAAUCUUAAAAGCUUUUUUUCAUCUUAUUUAUUUUAUUACUGCACUUUAAGAAAAUUCAUGCAUUAAUAAAACUUGAAAUGGCACUACCACUUUAGAGAAAGAAUGAGCCUUGAGCUUGGUUUUCUUAUCUGUUGAUUUCAGUCCACCAUUCAGUUUAGUGUUGAAAUAACGAAAACAUGCCGUUUUAUUUUAAUGUAAUUUAUUUGUACAUUAUUGCCUGCAAAAUCAGUCUCAAAGGCAAUCAUUUAAGGCUGCAUUUGUGACCUCAACAUGCAGCUGGAACAUUCCUUGACUCAGUAAUGUAACUCUUUUGGGGAAUGAGGAAUAAACAAAAGGACUAAGGUUUUAGCUACUUUCCUAUGAAUAGUUUUGCUGCCUUGACUGCUCCUGGUAGUUUCUCUACAACACGUAUUUGUUUAAAAUAGUACCAGAAAGCUUAGGUGUGAUUACUGUAGCAAUUUUAACAGCUUAUUCAGUUUUAAUAAAAAAUCUGAUGGCUUAUGUCGUAAAAUAAUUUGUUUAAAAAAUAUACGGCAUUACCAGAGACAGCCUCUU